CCUCCACCACCUCAACAUACACAUUCACACUAACAGUUUUAGCCUUUUAACUAGCAUAGCAAAGCUAAUCUAUCCACCACCGUCGCGCUUUCCCAUGCCGCGUCUGCUCCCGGUGCUGUCACCCUCCGUCAGCUGUGGGUUACGACCGUCCCCCCGCAACGACGCCAGGUAAACACCGGCCACCCCCCAUGAAGACACCGCCGCUGUCCCCACACACAUGGAGGCGAGCUGAAUAACACGCAGCAGCCGUCGUGGAGCCCGAGGAACCAUGGAUCUCGUAGCGCCUGCUCCAGUGGUAGCCCUCCUCCACUGACCUCCUCUACCUCCCCAUCUCAUCCUUCCCCCUCUCUCGUCCGCCCCUCUUCCUUUGCUGCUACCCCCUCAUCGGUGACCGUCCCUUCCGACGUCAUGGCAGGGGAGAAAGGGCCCAAUAAACGAACCGCGAUGGACAUCAAGCGCCUGGCCAGCCUCAUCCAGAGAGGGACGGGCCGCUUGCUGGUGAUUGACAGCCGGACGUUCUCUGAGUACAACGCGUCGCACGUGCAAGGCGCGGUCAACGUUUGCUGCUCGAAGCUGGUGAAGAGGAGACUGCAGCAGGACAAGGUGUCGGUUACCGAGCUGCUGCAACCCAAUGGCAAGGUGAAGGUGGAGCUGGGCAGGAAGCAGGAAGUGGUGGUUUACGACCAGAGUUCCAAAGAAGCGGGGCAUCUGUCCAAAGACGGCUUCAUGCACAUUCUCAUGGGAAAGUUGGAGGGCACCUUCCACAAAGUCUCCCUUCUCACCGGAGGCUUCGCAGCUUUCUCCUCCUGUUUCCCCGGCCUGUGUGAAGGGAAGCCUGCCACUGCUCUACCUAUGAGCUUGUCCCAGCCCUGCUUGCCUGUGGCUAAUGUAGGGCCCACUCGCAUCCUGCCACACCUCUAUCUGGGAUCACAGAAAGACGUCCUCAACAAGGAUCUGAUGGCCCAAAAUGGUAUUACCUACGUGCUGAAUGCCAGCAACACCUGCCCCAAGCCAGACUUCAUUAGUGAGAGCCACUUCAUGCGCAUCCCAGUCAACGACAACUACUGUGAGAAAUUACUUCCCUGGCUGGACAAAACUAAUGAAUUCAUAGACAAAGCGAAGGUGUCAAACUGCAGAGUCAUUGUGCACUGCCUGGCUGGAAUCUCACGUUCGGCAACCAUCGCCAUUGCAUACAUCAUGAAGACAAUGGGCUUGUCAUCGGAUGAUGCCUACAGGUUUGUGAAGGACAGAAGACCGUCCAUAUCCCCCAACUUUAACUUCCUGGGUCAGCUGCUGGAGUUUGAGAAGGGCCUGCGAUUGCUCCAAGCUUUAUCUUCGGACGACAAGAGCUUUGAAAACAACACUAAGCAAAACUCGGAGGUUAAUGGAGUCACCGCAGGUUUCGAGAUGAAUGGUCACCACAGCCACAAUGACUCAUCAGUGUCGGAGUCACACAUCCCUCCUGAACCCAAGCUGCCGUCGCCCACAUCCCUCCAGCAAGGCUUCAACGGCCUGCACCUCUCUGCAGAGAGGAUCAUGGACACCAACAGGCUCAAACGCUCAUUCUCCUUGGACAUUAAGUCUGUCUAUUCCCCUAAUAGCCCCCACUGCCCCGGCCUGGCACCCACGCACUCUGAAGACGUCCCCAAGCUGUGCAAGCUUGACAGUCCAGGAACAGGCACCUCCAACGGUGUCUGCUCUCAGUCUCCCGUCCUAGACAGCCCCAGCUCCUCUGACUCACCGUUCCCUUCGCCAGGCAGCGGGGGCAGCAUAGGAGGUCUGGGGCUCGGUGGAAGUGAAGGAGUUCAUCGGUCUGGCUCUUCGUCAUCCAGACCCAGGAGAAAAACCAAGCACAGCCGUGGCAGUUCCCCUGUCCACUCUCAACCAAACCAACCUCCGCAGUCUCUUAGCUUGUUGCUGGACCAGAAGAACCCCAGCCUGGACGAAAAACUAAAGGGCUCCCUGCUCCUAUCGCUACCCUCCCUGCCCACGGUGGGGUCCGGGGUCAUGUGGACCAAACACAGAGACACUGUCCAGGCCACCACUCCAGUCACUCCAGUCACACCAACCACAGAUGCUCCCUGGCACUUUGGUGCAGAGGAAGGAGGCGAGGGAAGGAUGGAGCUGGGAGGAGGAGGAGGAGGAAUAGACGGACAGGAGUCGACGGUGAGGUUCGGCAGUAGCUCGGCAUACGUGGCGUUUGGGUGCAGCGAAGGCGUGCGGUUACGAGACAAAUCCCAAAGGGAGAAGCCCUCAGCGCUGCAAACACAAAGAGACCACCGGGACUCCACGUCCUCGUCGACAGUGACCAUGUCCUCCAGCUCAAACAACAGCGGGCCCGCGUCAGAGAAGCAGUUCAAACGACGCAGCUGUCAGAUGGAGUUUGAGGAGGGCAUCUCCGAGACGAGGUCCCGAGAAGAACUGGGUAAACUCGGGAAGCAGUCGAGCUUCUCUGGGAGCAUGGAGAUCAUUGAGGUAUCCUGACAGAUAAUGGACACAAUUAGAGCUGUCCCCUGGGGGCAGAAAUGGACCUGGUUAGAGGUUGAGGACAUAUGAGGAGGAGCAGAAGAGGGAUUUUUUCCGCGCUCCCCUCACAGUCAGUGUUAAAGACUCCAGCUGAGAGAAGGACAAAUACGAACUGAGAGUUAAUGUGAAAAGCAAGCGAAAUGAACAUUCGCAACUUGGACAAACAGAGAUGUGGUGCUUAGCAGACCAUACCCAUCCUGAACUCUUAUACAAAUCUGAAGAAAAGUAUGGGAAGGGGGGGAGGGGGAGAUAAAGGGGGGUGACUGUAGGUACUGAAACUCUUUUAUGUUUAUGAGCUCUGUCAAAGAUAAAAAGAAACAACCCAGGGCAAAUGUCAUGUUGCAUCCUUAAUAUAUAGAAUUUCCUUCUUUUUGACGGAGACACAAACUGCUUGAUUGUGGUCAAAUGUAGUGUGCUUCAGUGGGUGUAUAGCUUGUGAUUUGACCCAUAUUUCCUCCCAAAGCUUCGCCCCAGUGUCAGAAAGCCUCAGAACCUCGCACGGCUACGUCCGCACCCCCACCACCCACCCAUCUUUCCCCAUUGGCUCUGCCUGCUAUGGACUCUGUAUAACAUCGACGACCGUAAUGGACUCCUUAACGGCACCGUCUCCUCACAAACAUCAGACAGCACAAGGCAGGGCGGUUCUGAGAGACAUGAUAGAAAGGCGGUACUGCAUCCAGACGAUGAAGGAUCCUUUGAUGAAAAGACUUUGAGUGAAGACUCUUAGCACAUUGUGUCUCCUUUGUUUCCAGUGUUAAUAGCGUGAUGGGACUGAGGUUUUAUAGGAUGCUGGUGAGGGUUCACUUUAAUGAUCCCCUCAGCUCCUUCGUAGACCCCCUCCAAGCCCCCCCCCCGUCACCUCCUAUGGUCACCACUGAGCAUGCACCUGAAAGGCUGACUACAGACAGACAAAUACUAUAUAUACAAUAUGAAUAUAUAUAGCAAUUUUAAUGGACUUCUGUUCAGUUAUAGUUUUAAUUUAUUGUAUUGGUUCAUUCUGGUAAUGAGAAAUAAUAUAAUGUUUUGUGGAUUUAUUUCUUUUUUUUUUCUCCUUUGUUGAAUUAUUAUUAUUAUUAUUAUUUGCUGUAUGGUAUUUAUGAACACACACUCAUACAAAUACACACAUUCAACAAAUUCAAGCGAGCAAUAUGUGCUGUUCCUUCUUUGGGGAGAGUGAUGUAUGACUUUGAAAUGCACUUUUCCGAUUUCUGGUAACAAACAAAGUCUGAUUACCAUUCACACCGUGGCAACGCGAUAACGCACGGAAGUUUUCAUCCCAACAACGAGAUGUUUUAAGAACGGGAUCCGAAUUCACGGUAUAUCGCAAUUUGAGGGCUGAAGCAUUUACUAAUAAGACUGUUUUAGUUUGACUGUGUGCAGAGGGAGGCAGAGUAGCCACGCACACUUCUCUGACCGCUCGGAUACAGUGAAACCUUUUCUGCCGUGCAUGACAAACAACAGCUAUAUGCAAACAGACACACACUCUUUCACGGGAUUUUUCCUCCAGACCAGGUCAUCGGGUCAUGAUCACAGCACAUCCCACCAAAGCUGAAACCAACACACACAACCUAUACUGUAUGCACUUACACUUAUACUCACACAUGUAAAGACCCUACAAACACACACACAGACACACACACCCUUUUGUUCAUUCUCAGGGGAUCUUUCAGUGAGCCAAGCCCAACACAGGGUACACAGCUGCUGGUACAUCAGCACAAUGCAUGUCCAUGAAGCUCCCUCGCAUUCUUGUCUCUUUUUUCUUUCUUUUUUUUUUUUUUGGCUCUUAUUUCUUAUUUUCCAAAGCUUUGAUAAAAACAACAUAACAGAAUGAAAAUAAAAGAAGAAAAAAAGAAAAAAUGAGGAUCUUCAAAAUCCUGAAGUGAAAGAUAUGAAAACUUUGCUCUCCUGGUGCGAGAUAUGGUUAUUUAUUUAUGACGUAAAAUGUGUUUUUUUUUCUUUCUUUUGACCCUUGAUUAGCUUUACUCUCUGCCGAUCUUUGACUCUUUGACCUUAUGCUGCUGCAGCUACAGUAAGUUCAAUUAGAUUCCUCCGUGGUUUCCCCUCGAGGCUCGAGCGACCUCUCACUUCCUCGUCCUACUCCCUAUAUUUUUAAGAAAUGUUGUUAGAAUUAUUUAUGACAUGUAACAAGGAUGAUGCAGGCUGUCCCAUUUGCUAAAAUUGUUGUUAUUUGAAUUAUUAUUAUUAUUAUUAUUAUUAUUAUUAUUAUGUUGUGUAAAUAGCAACGCAUCUAAGAACACUGAUGAAUUAAGAUGAGUUUUUAAAAGAAAAUCCUGAUACCUUAGGCUGCUUGAUGCAAAAAUACCUCAGGUUCUAUUGAAAGGCUUUUCCUUCCCCUGUACAUGUUUUGUGAAAAUGAUACAAAAAUACAGACAUGACAAAAUACAA